CUAGUACAACUAAUUGUAUUGUAACAGAUGCAAAAUGACAUUGUUUUUUUACUGUUAAAUGGAUGUGUUGCUAACACAUCUCGGUAUGGGCUCCCCGCGCUGGAUGCGAGAGAGUCACUGCGAAAAUGAUGUCAGACUUACGCGGGAAAAUACUUUUAAGUAUACGGCACUGCUGAGAGGAAUGAAUUUCAGCGCAACCAGUUAUCAAGACAUUUGAAAUUCAUCUGCCCAUCAUAUAGGUCCUCAGUUAUGAAUGUUUCUGUGCCCUGUGGAAUUCAAUUGUCCCUUCUGAUUUGGCGCGGUACACAUAGGUGCGAUUGGCACCAACCUCAUUUGCAUACCGUUUCUCUUUUUUAAUCUAACGCAUAAUCCAUGCAAAAUACCCUCCUAUCCAACAUUAAACAUGUAAGAGCAGUCUCCUGCCCUCUCUCUUUCGUUGCGCAUAGCGAUGUGAUGGAGUCUGCUUUUUAAGAUUUAAGGUGCGUAUUGCGGUCGUUUCGUCGGGCUGUUCUGUGAUUAUAGCAGACAGUAAACUUUGUUAAAAUGGUAUAGAAAAUGCCACUUUAUUAGUUGUUACUUAAGUCGUUUUGUUGUGCACACUAUAUGUUCUGCUACCAAUAAAUUCUUUAAAGGGAGAUCAUCAACAAAGAAACAUGGAAAAAAGAUUUAGAAAAAAUAAUAAUAGUAAUAAUUAUAAUUAGUAAUUCAUUACUUGACACCCAAGAAUUCUGUACAUAGGGAUUUUAAAGACAAAUCAUUAAAAUAAAUGUACCAAUCCACUUUCACGCCAUGCGUGGUGCCUUGAGCUAAAACAUUUACUCAGGUAGUUUUUUCUGGGGGCGGGCAAAUAAUUUCAACAGGGAAGGCUUUGUUGUAGAAGUCAAGUUUAACCUCUGUUAAUGUGAGUGAUUAAAACCGUGUGAAUUACAUAGAUUAAGUUCUAUGAAAAAUAUCCCUUACCUGUCAAGACCAUCCCUGUAAAUCGGGGGAGGAUCUCAUAUUUCAAAAUGGAAACAAAAGUUAUUGCUAAUACUUUGCCCUUUUUCGAUUGUAUGCAUUUUGAGACGUGCCUGGGUCAGAUGUGAGAAAAAUAUUUAAUUUUUAUUUCAAAAGUGGAAAAAAGUAUUGUUACUACUCGUUUCGGUUAUAACUUUUUGUUGUUUUUAUACAUUUUUGAUGUGCAUGUGUCGGAUGCGACCAAAUGUAAAAGUGAAGCAAUUAAUAAACAUUACUUGUUUUUAAAUACAUUCGUGUUGAUUUAUAAUUUAACAUUACCUGCUGCUGAAAAUGUCUUGCCCAGCUAAUUUCAUGGUUUGAAAAUCUGGCCCAACUGAAAUUGCAAUUGAAUAGCCCUGCUUUAGACCAGUCGCAGGGACAUAUGUACGAUUGACUUAACACGUUAAAAUAACGGUUGGUUAUUUACAGAGGUACAGAAAAUCAAUUUAUCUUAUUUUGCAAACUCUGUGAUUUAUUUUAGCGGUACAGAGGCACCUUAAUGAUUGUUAUGCGGUGCAGCGAACUUCAAAGGGCUGCAAUACGACGCAUUGUUUGAUUAGCUGCCGUUUUAUUAGCAUAUAACAAUUAAGAUCUGACAAGCAUCUUAAUGGCAAGUGAAUGCAAAUACAUCGCUGAAUGCAAACAUUCUUAGCCGUGUGUUGUUUUUGUUACUUUGAUGUUUUAUUGAUCUUUGUCGUAAUGUUCAAAUAACUUUAACAACGUGUAUACUUAAUUGAUGUACGUGAUGCUGAGCACUAUAGUAUUUGGUAAAUGGACUUAUGAUAUUAUUUUAGGUACGUACAGUGAACGUGAAUUGACAGUCUGUGUUAGGUUAAAUUGUCUUUUCUCGUUUUAACUGUCAGGGUUCUAAUGUCUGUAUGUAUACGGUGUAAAUGUUGCAGUGUGUAAAAUGCACCCCAGAAUCGUUGUUCUGAAAACAACGCAGGCAGUCCGCUCCCGUUGAAGUCCACUCCAGUGUUUAGUUUCGAUGUUCCUCCCCCUUGAGCAACCGCAUCUUCUGUGCAGAACUGGAUGGUAACAGGGAGAAAGCAUUUGGAUCAUGAUCGCAGCAUUCGGAAAUGAAAAUCCCGAGACGUGCUUCUCCUCGCUGAAAACAGUGAUCAGUCCUGAGGUGCCCGUCUCGCCUCCGGAAAACGAACCUCUCUUUAUUCGGAACACCUCGUUCAGACGAAAGUCGCAGAGUUCCAGUGGUACUGGUAACCCGGAGGAGAGCAUCACCAGACCUCUAGUUCCUGGCGCUUGUGCCGCAGCUGCCUACAUCAUGACAUCGGGCGAGUUCCUGCAAGGUUCACCGCUGUACCUACGCAGCUCCAAAAGGAACUUGUUCUACAAGGCGCUGUGCUUUGCAAUUCUCGUCUUCCAAGGAGGCGUCCUGGAUUUUUACCUGAUCGUCUUCACUGAUCUCUAUUGGUGCUCCUGGAUAGCCACUGACCUGGUGGUCAUGACGGGCUGGGGGAUCUUUUUCUUGAAAAACGCGAGGAGCAAGCGGGAGCGAGCUUGCAACCUACAGCCUCCAAAGAGCGCGCUUCAUCACGGCGACUUCACCUUUGCAUACCUGGCCUGGCUCAUCUAUGUAAUUGCUUGUACCCCCAAGGUGGUGCUCAUUUUAGAAACUUCCAUCCUGGAUCUCAUUGAACUCAAGGUGCCCCUGGGCAUCACUGGCUUCAGGAUUAUAAUGAUGCUCUCUGUGCCGCUGCUCUACUGCCUGAUUAAUUCGAUAACCGAGGAUCAGACUGGGGUGACGCGUUUCCAGUCGCAAUAUUAUUAUAUCGGCACUUGCCUAGACCUUCUGGACAGCUUCACUCUGAUCGAGAUGCUGCUCAUGAGUGAGAUCCCAACGCUCUACCUCAAGUACACGGUCAUUGCCGUCUAUUUCUGGGUUCUAAGUCUCCCAGUUCUUUGGCUGUAUGAACUGAACUCCUCGCAAAUGGGGUGCAGGUGGAUCUGGGCGAGGUUUCUUUCGGGCGUCUUAGUUAACGUCCCACUGUUGGUGGUCAGGUGCUUCCUGGUUUAUGUGUAUCAGCUUCCGGCAUCGGUCUUUAUGUUCAAAAACAUGUUCUUCUUAGGCUGCAAAUGCCUGGAACUGAUGGAGCAGUGCCUCAGCCUGAAAGGGGCCAGGAGGUAUUCUAGCACCCCGGUGCCUUUCACGCAUUGCAUCUCCGAAAAUGAUAUGUGUCCUCAUGGGUAUGUGAAUACGCUGGCAGUGACCACUCAGAAUUAGGUUGAAGGAAUGGUGUUUGGGUGGCACUGCUUGCUUGGAUCCAUCUCAUGGCCUCCUGCAGUUACGGAACAGUUUUUCUACAGAUCAAUCAUUCUACAGGUGCUAAUUUCCAAUAUCACCCAAUCUUCAAUAAAACAUAUAUGGAGACAGUGAGUGGUAAAGGCAUACGAACGUUGUCAUGGUGGUAAAGUUUAAACCUGAGUCUAUUUGUACCAUUAACAUAUACUUGCUCCCUAUUUUUUAACUUAAAAGUCUUUAUUAUUAAUUGCACUUUAGCCAGCUUUCAAAAUGUUUGCUCAAAUGUGAAUUGCUAUUUCAACAAAAUAAGGUGAAAUGGAAAAUAUAUAGUUAUUAGUUUAUUUCCAAUGUAAAUAUUAAUAAACCAUGUGGCAGUAUGCCAAGAUAUACUGGUUAUGAACAGAGCUAAAAAGGAAUAGAGUAAAAAAAAUCCAUCAUCCAUAAAGGAUGUGCACACUUGAGAUCAAUGGCUUUAAGUAAUUACUUAAGAAUAGAGUCAACCUUUUUAAUGGCUCUUAUACAUUCAUCCUAUAAAGAAAUCCUGCAAAGCAUCAGUGGAUUUUAUUACAUUUGAAAUACAUAUGAAAACGUAGUAUGAGUUUCCAGCAGAUGGCCAGUUUUUUUUUCAGUUUUGCUUUUUUUUUUUACAUUUUUUUUUGGCAUAUUCAGGCAUUACACAUUUAAAAUAUUACCAUAAACCCAUGAAAAGGGGUUAAAAACCAAAGGGUAUACAUGAUUCCAUUUUCAGAAUGAGCAGCAUUUUCUUUCUUUUGGUUUUCCAAAUAUUCUACAAUUCACUGGCUUAUUCCAAUGUGAAUGGCUUUCGUUGUUUCAUUAUUGGUUAUUUGCAUGCAGUUUUGAUUUGCAUAAUUUUUGUUUUGAAAUGAAAUGGCAUAAAUGUGAAUCAGCUUAAUUUAUAGAUUCAGACACAGUACACCUUUCAGUACUACUGUAUAAAUAAAAUAUUUUACUAGCUUGGAACACCUUGCAGCUUAAUAACAAUUAUGUCUGUGCACAGUUUUCGCAUGUUUUGCCAGUUCCAAAUCCCUCCAGUAGGCAUUUAACUUCUUUGUAUUGUAAAUAGAAAAUGUACUGUACCUUGUAUUUUCCUUGAAAAAUAUCCCUAGCUGUAUUAGUAGUUAUACUUGUUAUAGUAAAACAGUGAGAACAGCAGUAA